UAAUUAUGAUUAUGAUAUUAUUUACUAGAGAUUUAAACAAAUAUUCAUUUUUGAAUACCGACAGGCGACAACGAACUCAAAGUAUUUAAAAUGAGUGGAAAAGAUGCAACUUCAGCUCCCGAGAAAAAGAAAAAGGAGAGUAUUUUAGAUUUAACAAGGUACUUAGAAAAAGCCAUUAGGGUUAAAUUUUCAGGAGGUCGAGAAGUGUCGGGUAUUUUGAAAGGAUUUGAUCCAUUAGUAAAUCUCGUAUUGGAUAAUACUCUAGAGUAUUUACGAGAUCCUGAUGAACCUAUGAAACUAACAGAAGAUACGAGAACAUUAGGUUUAGUUGUUUGUCGAGGCACAUCAAUCGUACUAAUUUGUCCUGUUGAUGGUAUGGAAGCAAUCGCCAAUCCUUUUGUACAACAAGACUAGAUGUUUAAACUAUAUUUAAUGAUUAACUAAUAAUAAUUAUGUAGCUAGGUUUUUAUGAGCAUUUAUCAAAUGUUCAUAGAAGCUUAGCCGUUAAGGUUAAGCCUUUUUGUUUGAUCAAUUUCCAUUUUGUUUUUCUAAAUUUACUUUUUUAUAUUACAAAUUAAAAAUCUCAAAGAAAGUUAUGUAACAUACUUAAAAUAUUAUACCUAUUUCUGUAAAUUAAAUAUAAAUCUACCUUUAAAAACAAUGUUUUUAUCAUUCAUUAAUUUUAAAAUCAAAACAUGUAUGAAUAUAUUAAUAUCAUUAUAUUAUGAAUAUCUGUUUAUUUAAAAACUCGACUUCUCAUUGAUUAAUUAAUAAUUAUAAUAUUUAUUGUACAUACAAUGGAUCAUGAUUAUGUAUAGAAAAAUAAACAGUUUUGUAUAAUAUCAAGUAA